AGAGGUCAGACGAUGACAACGUUGUCCUCAACAGCCAGGCCUCAGGAAUCAGUGGCUUUUGAGGACGUGGCUGUAUACUUCACUAAGAAGGAAUGGGCCAUCAUGGUGCCUGACCAGAGGGCCUUGUACUGUGUGAUGCUGGAAAACUGUGAGGCUGUGGCCCUUGUAGCAGUGCCACCCACUUCCAAACUAGCUCUGGUCUCUCAUCUGGAGCAAGGUAAAGAGCCCUGUUUCACCCAACCACAGGGAGUCCUAAGCAGGAGGGGCUGGAGAGCAGGGUUUAUAGGAUACUUGGAACUGAGAAGAUAUACUUACUUAGCUGAAGCAAUGUUGGGUAUAAUAAAAUCAAAAAUUCUUCAAAAUCAUCAAUUAUGGGAAGACAGGAGAAAGAGUUUAAAUUCUUGACAUUUAAAUACCCGUUUUCCAAGUAAGCAGUUGAUGUAAGAGCCACCUUAAAUGAUGUCAAAUCCACAUUUCCUUUUUGUAGAUUUAAUGUGUUUCAUUGAUUAAAAUAAUUCAUU